GUCGUGGUUUUAACACGUAGUCGAGCUGGGUUCCAUGGAGUUGAUGUGUUUUGCCAAGGCUAAUAAAAUGGUCAACAUGAAAUAAUAAAAAAUAUUUAUCGGAAGUAGACAAUACAUAAUUUUCAAGGGAAAUUUCAAGAUAUAGUGUCUGUGCACAGUUAUGGCAUCGAGUAGCUUUAUCGGAGGAGGAGUUCCUAAAUGGGAGCGAGGAGCUCGCUUUGGACUGUGCACAUUCGGUUUGCUACUGUCAGUGUAUGCCUUGCAUGUUGAGGUUUCACGAGAGAGAGACCCAGAUUAUCGUGCGAUGUGCGACCUCGCACAGUCGGUCAGUUGCUCCAAAGUCUUCACUUCAAGAUGGGGGCGUGGAUUCGGUCUAGUUCAACUUUUUGUACCGAAGGACAGUGCCCUCAAUCAGCCUAACAGUGUCCUGGGCAUCAUCUUCUACACAUUGCAGUUGAUACUGGGUCAUUCAGUGUCCAGCAGAGCAGCAUUUUUUCUGGUUGUUUCGUCCUGGGUGUCUGUGAUUGGCUCUUUGUAUCUAGCUGCAGUGCUGGUGUUUGUUUUAGGUGAUUUCUGCCUGGUAUGUGUCUCAACUUACCUGGUCAACUUUGCCUUGCUGUACAUUAAUCUGAAGAGAAAGAUGGGCCUGGAGAGGAGCAAGGAGAAGACUGGCUGAUAGUUAAUACUUUUUUGAGAAAAUACUGAGACACAAGGAUCAUAUACAUAUACAUACCAAGCUGAAAUGCAGAAUGUCCAAGUAAGUUGCAGAAACACGUCAGUAGCUACAAAGAAUGAGGUUACUGAUGAAAAAUAAUGACGAUAAAAACUGAAAAGAUGUGCAACACAGAUUGUUCUCAUUGAAACAUAAAGGGGCAAAUAUGCUCUCAUUAGAUCAAUAUUUAGGAUGCAGUGUGUUUCUUUUACUGAAACAUCAAAUGAAUAAUUUUAUAUGAAUAAAGUGACAGAGGCUCUAAAUGAAA